AUGACAACAUCCAAGUACAUCGUGAAGAUUGGCACACACAUCAAUAUUUUGCCCCGGGGGGGGGGCGGCGGGCAUACACGGGACUUUAGACAGAAGACAAUUUCCGACAGGCGGGAAUUUGACACGCCGAAUAAUUCCGGGUCCCGGGUUUUAGACAUAAGACGGAUUUUACAUCUCGGUACCCGGAGUUGUAUAGACAACCGUAUUUCGUAUCCCGGUACCCGGAGUUUAGACAACUGUACUGUCGCACUAAAAAAAUGGCGGACAAACUUUCACACGUUUCAUCCUUCUCAGUUAAAGAGAUGUGUGAAUGGGUGGAUAGCAUCUCAAAAGAUCUCACAACCAUAUUUAAAGGUUAACAUUUGGUUGGAGCACCUCAACAAUGUCGCUGCAAACAGAGAAAGGGGCCAGGCAAAGGCUGCAGAGACACGGUCUCUGAAAAAGAAAGAGUUGAGGACAGAGACAACUCCUGGUGGUGCUGCCACAUCGACUGCGACUACCCAUAGAAGUUCCGCUAGGAGCCCAAACCAUAGCCAGGCUCAGAGUGCACCAGACAAUAUCAUGGUAGAUGUUUCGAGGUUUGGACGGAGGAGGGUACCAAAAAGAUUUGAUGAAUAUAUUAUGUAAAAACAAUAAAAAUAAAAAUAAAAAAUGAAGUUCACAAU